CAUUGGACAACAAACGGAAAUCAAGAUACCAGCUUUCAAAAUGGCAGAUAUCAUGUGUCCAAUAAUAGAAGAUUCUAUACAAGAAGAGGACGAGGAGGAACUUGAAGACGGAACGGAGGACGCUGCAGACAAAAUUUGCGAGAUUGAUGGAACAGAUAACGGUGAGCUGUUGGCGGCCGUAACAAAACAAAGAUUAAAGCAAAAAAGCGAAAAGGACGAGGAAGACGAGGAUUGUGAAACUGACCUUGAACUUGAAGAGGAGAAAGAGGAGUUCGACGUGACUGGAAGAGCUACUUAUUUGAGUGUAUGCCGAAAGAUGGGAAUGAUACCAGUCUCUUACUUUCUCAGACAUAUGACAGACCAGCACCUAUCCCUGGCACAUCAUGGUCUAGCGGCGCAGGGGAUGAAAGCCUUAUCACAUCCUCUCAUAAAAAACACUUUCAUAUUGUCGUUGGACCUGCAAGAUAACUACAUGGAGGAAGAGGGAGGCGAGUACGUGGCGGAUAUGAUCAAUGAAAACUGCUAUAUCACCGAUUUGAACUUGUCCAACAACAAGCUGGGUAGCAGAGGAUGUGAGGCAAUAUGUAAGGUACUGCAGACAAAUGUUACUCUUCAAAGCAUAGAUCUGUCUGGGAACGACUUCUAUGACAAGGAUGCAACCAAUAUAGCCGGAGCUCUCUCUGAGAACACAAGACUGAAGACACUUAAUCUAAGCCAUAACAACUUCGGUCAGACUUCAAGCACAGAAAUUGCAAGCGCUUUAGCUGAAAACGAGACCAUAGAAAACAUUGACUUCAGCUGGAAUAACUUUAGAAUGAAAAGUGCCCUCAGCCUCUGCGACGGUAUUGCGUCAAACAGUAGGCUAAGAGUUGUCAACCUUGCAAUGAACGGCUUUGGGAAUGAAGGGGCAUUUGGAGUAGCUGAUAUUCUAAAACAGUCUGGUACGGUAACAUCUAUCGACAUCAGCCACAACAGGAUAGCAUCUGUGGGCGCUACUGUCAUAGGGAAGGCGUUAGAGACAAAUGACCUACUCAAAACACUCAAGAUUGGUUAUAAUCCACUCGGGCUGGAUGGACUGAAGACUUUGUUAAAAGCUGUGUGUCCAGAUAGUAAUUGCGUUAGUGUUCUAGACUUUUCGGGUAUUGAAAUAGACAAGGAAUUCCGUGCAAUGAAAGAAGAGCUGCAACAGUCACGCAAAAUACAGAUAGAACAUGGACGCUUGUUGAGUGAUUACGUCAUCGUUGGAAAACCAAAGAAGAAGCAAAGUACGUUUCUGGGAACACCAAUUAAUGAGGUGACGGCAGAUAAUAUUAUGGUGGUUAUAAAAACAUACAGUGAUUCAAAUGGUUUACCUCUGUACGACGCGAUGGUAACGUUCGAUAAAACAAAGGAGAAGAAACUCACCAGAAAUGACUUUCUAUUGGCAUUCGCAGAUGUUGCGAUUGACCUGUCUGGCAGCGAUAUAGACUUUCUCGAUAGUAUGCUCGUAGAUUACAAGACCUCUGAUGGAAAAAUAGAUUACAGUGCACUCCGAUAACAGAAGACCACAGUUAGUUCCAUCAAGUUGAUCAAUUCUUGGAGAGAUAGAACAUAUCAAUAAAGAAUUAAAGAAAUUUAAUGCACGUGUUUAACUACAAAAGGUCGGUGACUUUGGGAUCAUAUAUUAACUAUGAUGAAACCGACCUCAAACGGAGAUUGAAAUUAGUAAAAUUAUCAGAAAUUUGGUCCCAUGUUCAAUUCUCCUGAUUACAAAAAUUCAUAAUGAAAUGCAUGUGCAAAAGCAUGAAACACAUAUACAACUUAAAAUAUUCGACCUA